AUGGACGCGUUUCAAGCCGUCUCGGGCUACGUCAGCAAGAUGGUAUCGACUGGAGAUGGUGCUACCGCCUCUAACGCUGCUAAGAUGAAGAUACUGCUGCUGGACAGCGAUACUGUGGGUCGCGCAACCAUGUAUGAUAGCCUGCCGCUAAUGCUCGGUCCAGNNGUCUCGGUCGUGUCAUCAGCAACAACGCAGUCCGCUCUCCUGAACCACCAAGUCUACCUGACCGAUCGCUUGGACAACCACAACAGGGAAAAGAUGCGCCACCUCCGUUGCCUCUGUUUCGUACGUCCCUCGCCCGACAGCAUUCAAUUCCUCAUAGACGAAUUUCGAGACCCCAAAUACGGCGAAUAUCACAUCUNNGUACACUUUAGCAACAUAGUCAAGAAAUCCUCCCUUGAACGCCUUGCAGAAGCCGAUGACCACGAGGUCGUCAAAGCCGUCCACGAAUGUUUCGCCGAUUACUUGGUCGUCAAUCCUGACCUUACCUCGCUCGCCCUCGAACACCGCCUCUGGAGCUCAAACCCCGACAUGUGGAACCAGGACCCCCUCUCGAGGACCACCGAGGGUGUCAUCGCUCUGCUCUUGUCUCUGAAGAAACGACCUAUGAUCCGUUUCCAGAAGAACAGUCUACUCGCANAAAAGUUAGCCACAGAGGUCCGAUACCAGAUGACUCAGGAGGAACAACUCUUCGACUUCCGAAAGACCGACACUGCCCCCAUACUGCUCAUUGUCGACCGAAGAGAUGACCCUGUGACCCCAUUGCUAACCCAGUGGACCUACCAAGCCAUGGUACAUGAACUCUUGGGCAUAAAGAAUGGCAGAGUCAAUCUCAGCCACGUGCCAGACGUUCGUCCAGAGUUCAAGGUGCGAUAUACGCCCUUCUAUACCACUCUCUCGAGUUUACUAACCCCGUCUAGGNAAAUCUUCAUCAGCCAAGAUCAGGAUCCAUUCUUCAAAAAGAACAUGUAUCUCAAUUUCGGAGAUCUCGGUCAGAAUGCCAAAGAUUAUGUCGAGCAAUUUGCUUCAAAGCAACAGUCGAGCCACAAGCUUGAGUCUAUCGAGGACAUGAAGCGUUUUGUAGAAGACUACCCAGAGUUCCGACGCCUUUCAGGAAAUGUUACCAAGCACGUCACUUUAGUCACCGAACUGAGUCGCAGAGUUGGAGAGGAGAACUUGCUGGAUAUCAGCGAGCUGGAACAAAGCCUUGCUUGCAACGAGAACCACUCCAAUGACUUGAAGACCCUGCAGCGUCUCAUACAGGACCCAAAAACACCUCCAGACAACAAGCUUCGCUUAGUGGCCAUCUACUCUCUUCGCUAUGCUUCUCACCCUUCAAAUUCAACACCAGCACUCAUGGACCUCCUAGCGGUAGCCGGUGGUCUCUCCCGCCAUCGGAUCAACCUGAUACCCAAACUUCUUACCUAUGCGCAUUCUUUGCAGUCAUUGCCGCAGACUGGUGCUAUUCCGGAUCUCUUCCAACCAUCCUCGAUAUUCCAGGGCGCUCGAGAGCGCUUCAACAGAGGUCUUGGUGGUGUGGAGAACGUAUAUACGCAGCACUCGCCACGGUUAGAGACAACGAUACAGGACUUGAUCAAGGGCCGUCUGCGAGACAAUCAAUAUCCUUUUGUUGAAGGUGGAGGCACCACACGAGACAAGCCGCAAGAUAUCAUUGUGUUUAUGAUUGGCGGUGCAACCUACGAGGAGGCAAAGAUGGUUGCGCAGGUCAAUGCUAGUAGCCCUGGUGUUAGAGUGGUGUUGGGAGGCACAUCAAUUCACAACAGCACUAGCUUCCUGGACGAGGUUGAAGAAGCCGUCGACAGUUGGCCAGAAGCACCACCAACCAGCGCAGCAGGCAGAUUGAGAAAGGAGGUCGGUAGAGGAUGA